AUGGAGAAAGAUACUGUAUCUCAUGUUGAUGAUCCCGAACGCGUCAGCGGGGACCAGAGUGCCGCCGAGAAAGGCCAUCUUGAACAAAUCAACUUGAACAACAACAUUUCGGCUAAAAUCCCCCUAGCCGACUUGACUCAAGCCCAGGUCAUCCGCGAUGUGGAAGCAUUUGCACAAGAAUACAAUGUGACCGAGAUUCUACCCGAUUUGAAGAAGGGAGCGUUAGUGGCUCGCGAUCCCACCGAGUUCGAACACGUAUCCGACUUGACCGAGGCCGAGGUGACUGCGCUCCAUGAUGAAGUCAACCAUAAGUGGCGCCAGCCGAGGGCUCUCUACUUUACGAUUAUCCUGUGCUCCAUUGGAGCUGCUGUGCAAGGAUGGGAUCAGACUGGGUCCAAUGGCGCGAACCUUUCCUUCCCGGACGCCUUUGGGAUCCCUGAAUCAGCGAGUAUCCGAAACCAGUGGCUCGUUGGAGUCGUCAAUGCAGCGCCGUAUCUUGCCAGUGCCGGAUUGGGAUGCUGGCUGUCAGAUCCUUUCAACCGCCUCUUCGGGCGCCGUACGGUCAUCUUCAUCUCUGCUAUUUUCUGUGUCAUUGCCCCCAUUGGCUCUGCUUGUACGCAAAACUGGCCCCAACUCUUUGUGACUCGUCUACUCCUGGGACUGGGAAUGGGGCUCAAGGCUUCCACAAUUCCCAUCUACUGUGCAGAGAACACUCCAGCUGUGAUCAGAGGAGGGCUUGUGAUGUCAUGGCAGCUCUGGACUGCUUUCGGCAUCUUCCUUGGAUUCUGUGCGAACUUGGCUGUGAAGGACACCGGAGCUCUCUCAUGGCGCCUUCAGCUUGGGUCUGCUUUCAUCCCUGCUGUUCCUCUUUUGAUCGGCGUCUAUUUCUGCCCCGAGUCUCCUCGUUGGCACAUUAGGCGUGGAGAGAUGGGUAAAGCGUAUAAAAGUCUCCUUCGACUCCGCAACACUCCUUUGCAAGCUGCUCGGGAUCUCUACUAUAUCCACGCCCAGAUCCGAAUCGAGCAGGAUAUCAUUGGAGAUAGCAAUUAUUUGACUCGCUUCAUUGAGUUGUUUACCAUCCCCCGUGUUCGCAGAGCUACCCUCGCUUCAUUCACAGUGAUGAUCGCCCAGCAGAUGUGUGGAAUCAAUAUCAUUGCGUUCUACAGUUCAACGGUCUUUCAGAACGCGGGCGCUUCUACCACAGGGGCGCGUUUUGCGUCCUGGGGAUUUGGCCUUGUGAACUUUCUUUUUGCUUUCCCUGCCGUCUGGACUAUCGAUACCUGGGGUCGUCGAUCACUGCUUCUAUUCACCUUCCCUCAAAUGGCAUGGACCUUGCUCGCCGCUGGGUUCUGUUUCUAUGUUCCUGGCACUAACGGAGGCCAUCUGGGAUCGAUUGCGCUCUUUAUUUUCCUAUUCGCGGCAUUCUACUCCCCGGAGAAGGACCUGUCCCGUUCACGUACUCUGCCGAAGUAUUCCCACUGUCGCAUCGUGGUUGGCAUGUCAUGGGCCGUUGCAACCUGCCUUGGUUGGGCAGCUGUGCUGUCGAUUACAUUCCCCCGUAUGUUGGUGGCGAUGACGCCCACUGGAGCAUUUGGCUUCUAUGCUGGCUUGAACGUGACUGCAUUUGUCAUGAUCUUCCUUUGGGUUCCCGAGACCAAGCAACGAACUUUGGAAGAGCUGGACUAUAUUUUUGCAGUUCCUACCCGGGUUCACAUGCAUUACCAGGUUUUCAAGGUGCUCCCCUGGUGGUUCAAGCGCUAUAUUUUCCGCCAAAAUGUUGAGUUGGAACCUUUGUACAAGUUGGACCACUUGGCUGGCGGCGGUGAAUCCACUGUGGAAGCUCACUCUCGAGUGGAACUGCCAGAGAAAGUGAGCUUGUAA